UUCAGAUCAAAAAAAAAAAAACACCAAAAAAGAAGAAAAGGAAGGAAAUCUUCAACAAAUAUCAUUAAGGACUUUAUGGAUUCAACGAUGAAUAUUGUUUUGUCUCAUUAAAGCACUUUUCCGACUCAGCAAGAUUGAUAGAAAGCUUCAACGAAUUCCAUCACUCGGAAAUUACUUUACAACAUCCAAUUUAGCACGUGUCGAUUUGUGCUGUGUCUCUAUUCUAUUUUUACAAUCAUCAGGUCUUUUCUAUCAUCCCUUAAAAGUAUAAGAUUAGUCGUCGAGGUAAAGAAAAGAAAAGCUUUGUGGAAAUUUCAUGACACGAGAAGGAAGAGAAAGAGAUAUCGUUAUGUGGAAAUAAAAAUUUAUCGACCGCAAACCCUACAUAACACAAAACGAAGUGCUGAAAUAGGUCUGAGAGGGAUAUACAAUAUGUUGCUGUAAUUUGAACACCUGUAAAGCAUAAAGAUUAUAGAUUUAAAGGUGUCGAGAGAAGGACGUAUUGGAAAACAAGGCUGAGAAGAAUUUUGAAUGGCUUUAAAAAUGGCACCACAGAAACAAAAAGUUAUGAGGAAAUGGGAAAUCUUUCCCGGACGCAAUAAGUUUUAUUGUGAUGGGUAUUUAAUGACUGCACCAAACACGAGUAUUUUUUAUUUGACUGUUGUACUCAUUACCGCGACGAGUACUCUAUUCUUUGUAUUUGACUGUCCAUUUCUUGCGGAGAGAAUAACAAUUGGAAUUCCAAUCAUUGGCGGUGUUCUCUACGUUUUUACAAUGUGCUCUCUUUUACGAACUACAUUCAGUGAUCCUGGGAUUCUCCCGAGAGCUUCACAAGACGAAGCUGCUUACAUCGAAAAACAAAUAGAAGUUCCAAAUUCAUUAAAUAGUCCAACUUAUAGACCACCACCACGAACGAAAGAAGUUUUCGUAAGAGGACAGGCUGUUAAACUCAAAUACUGUUUUACCUGCAAAAUAUUUCGACCGCCAAGAGCAUCUCAUUGUUCAUUAUGUGAUAAUUGUGUUGAUCGCUUUGAUCAUCAUUGUCCUUGGGUCGGAAACUGUGUAGGACGAAGGAAUUAUCGCUUCUUUUAUAUGUUUAUUGUUUCGUUAGCAUUUUUGGCGGUUUUUAUAUUUGCAUGUGCAUUAACACAUCUCGUUUUGUUACAAACAGAAACAAAAGAUUUCUUAGAUGUUAUAAGGAAGUCACCAUUUAGUGUUGUAGUAUCGGCUAUAUGCUUCUUGUCUGUUUGGUCUGUGAUCGGACUUGCUGGUUUUCAUACGUACUUAACUUCAAGUGAUCAGACAACCAAUGAAGACAUUAAAGGAUCAUUUUCAAAUAAAGGCGGUUCACAAAAUCCUUAUUCAAGAGGGAAUAUAUGUCUGAACUGCUUUUAUAUUUUAUGUGGUCCACUGCAACCUUCAUUAAUUGAUAGACGCGGUAUCAUAACAGAAGAGUAUAGACUACAAAUGCAAUCAGCGGAUAAGAAUGUAAUUACAUCACAGCCUCCGAUAGUUGUUCAACAUAUAGGCACAACUGUUGAUCCAACAAAAGCAUACAAUCAUGUUGAUCUGGAGGCAUCAACGAAUAUGAAUAAUUCUCAUAUGCAAGGUGUAUAUAGACAACGAAGCUAUGAUAAUCUACAAAACGAUAAAUCAACAUCGUCAGUAGCACAUUUAGUAGAAAAUGAACUUCCACUUGCAUCCGUUUUAAUCCCAUCGUCAUCAACAAUAGACAAACGAAUGCGAUUGUCGCAGAACAAUAUAACAUCAUCAGCAAAUGACAUGCAAGAUGUGAAUGAAAUUGUUUCUGAAAAUAGCAUAACAAAUGUUAAUGUCUCUAUGGAGAAGAAGCACAUGACUGCAGGAAAUUCAUAUAAUAAUCUUCCCUAUCGUGAUGCUCCGACUGAGAAUGUCGAUGAGAAAAAACCAUCCAAUACUAACAAUAAUAAUUCAAAUACGACUAAUAAUAACAAUAAUAGUACAGAUACAACACAAAAUGUUUAUAGUAAUAUUCCACCCACAUCUCCAAAUGUUCCAAACAUUCUGAAAAAUGCUGCAUCAGAUCAUGUCUAUAGUAAUAUUGAUGAGACUGUAAAUGGUGGAAAUGGAUAUAUUAGUACAUUAGAUUUGGAUCUUGACGAUCCACUCUUAACGUCUUCGUUCAUUAAAAAGAAAGAAAUACCAAAUAAUAAUAAUCCACAAUCUGUCUACAAUAUAUCGACGACAUCGUCAUCUAUUCCAAUUGAGACAAAUAAAAUUAUCCUGCCUUCAAUUUCAUCAUCAUCUUCCACAACAGGAACACAAAUUACGUCCAUUGAACUUAAAAAUGUAUUAAAUGCAGUCGCGCUUCAAAAAUCAAAUCAAUUACCAGAAGUGUUGCCUGUGUUUGGUCCGGCGCUGCGUAAUGAAACCAUGAUUGAUACAGCACUCGACUUAGACUCGCUCGACUCACAAGUUGGACUUAUGCAUAUGAAUAAGACGAUUGUAUGAUAGCUAGUUUGACAUUAGAACGGUUGCUAGUGUUUGGUUUCGAUCUUUAAUCUAAGGAUUUAUUUUUAUCUUGAAAGUUUAUCAUUUUAAUCGCUUGACUAA